AUGCCAAAAAAAUCACAUGCAAUUUGGAACUCGUCGAGCAAAGAAUUCCUCGGCAGAACAUGGGACAGCUGGGCCAAGAUAGGCAUCUUUUACUUGAUUUUCUAUUCCUGUCUGGCGGCAUUCUUCGCGGUCAUGUUGGUCGGGUUCUUCCAGACGAUCGACCUCAAACAGCCAACACAACAGAACAUGUAUAGUCUUCUCAAGGCAAACCCAGGUUUCGUGAUUUUGCUUGAUGCUGAUUGGCUGAGAGUUCAAUGGUUUGCUGAUGAUUGCCGGCAAAACUUUCCACGAAGCAGAACAUACGCAGCUACAAUCUUCCCGACGAGUUGUGCACCUGAAAUGUAUGCAGCGCUGUACACACACAUCUCUGUCUGUACAAACAAUCAGGAACAGGUCUGUCGGGUCGGCAGGAGCAUGUUUGGAGAGGAUUGCAAUACAGAAAAAGCUUAUUCGUUUGAUGAAGGCAAACCUUGUGUCAUGCUGAAAAUCAACAAAGUUUUUGGCUGGGUGCCUCGCAGUUUCAACAAUAGCGAAUGGAACGACAUGAACAAUACACUGGCACAGGAAGCCAGGAAGAAAUUAGGAGACAGGUACGAUCCAAACUACAUCGGAGUAUCUUGCGAAGGAGAAAACGAAGCCGACACGGACAACAUGGGUCCUGUAACUUAUUUUCCUCGAAAAGGAUUUCCCUUAUCCUUCUAUCCUUACAGAAAUCAGGAUCAUUACAGAGUUCCCAUGGUUUAUGUCAAGUUUGAAGAUCCCAAGUACGGAGCAUUGAUUCAGGUAUGGUGCCGAAUUUGGGCUUCCAAUAUCAAACAUCACAAGAACGAUAAGGCCGGCAGUAUACAUUUCGAGCUGCUUAUUGAAUAA